CUGAGGAAGACGACAGAGCAGCGCAGCAUCCUCUCCACGCUCCUCUGACGCUCGGGACCUUGUUCUUCCUCUGUGGGAUGAAUACGGAAGAGCCACUCUGGAUGGAAGAAAAGAGGACAGCUGGCACGACGACGCACCUGUCGCAGGUUUCAAGAUGUCCAACAUAAAAGGUGAUUAGACGACCGGCUUUUGUAUAGAAGACUUUUUUUUCUUCUUUGGAUUGUGGUGAUAAGACGCACUUUUCUCUGAUUGGAGUUUUGUUGUCCAUCAUGAAGAAUAAAAUGUUGAGGAGAAGACGACAUGGAUUUUGCGCGGAGAGUUUGGCUGUUUCUUCUUCUAAAACCCGAAGAACUCAACUCUGGAAAUGAUGCUGUAAAUCUCAGAGUUUCAUAUCUGUAAGUAAAUUCUUGUACAGGAGAAUCAGGAUGAAAAGAUGGCAGCCAUGCUGUUACCAACGGGUCCUGAUGGCUUGCGGCGGUUCACUCGCGAAUCCUUGGCUGCGCUGGAGCGGCGGAUUGCGGAGGAGCAGGCCAAGACUCGUGGCAAGGAUUGCCACGAGGCUCACAGGAACGCAGAGCCACCCAGGCCCAGGAUCGACCUGGAGGCAGGCAAGCAGCUGCCGCGCAUCUUCGGUGACAUCCCUACAGAACUUAUCGGGGUGCCACUGGAAGACAUUGAUCCGUUUUACUACAAGAACCAGAGGACUUUCAUGGUACUUAACAAAGGGAAGGUCAUCUUCAGAUUCAGUGCCACAUCUGCAGUUUACAUAUUUACUCCGUUUCACUUCAUCAGAUCAAUCGCCAUGAAAGUUUUAGUCCAUUCGUUGUUCAGCUUGUUCAUAAUGUUCACCAUACUGACCAACUGUUUCUUCAUGGCCAUGUCGGAUCCGGCACCAUGGACCAAGUACCUGGAGUAUACUUUCACUGGCAUUUACACUUUCGAGUCGGCGAUAAAGAUAUUAGCGAGAGGGUUCUGUAUAAUGCCGUUCACCUUCUUGAGAGAUCCAUGGAACUGGCUGGACUUCAGCGUCAUUGUCAUGGCAUAUGUGACAGAAUUUGUAGACCUCGGAAACGUCUCAGCAUUAAGAACCUUCAGAGUACUACGAGCACUGAAAACCAUCUCAGUCAUCCCAGGUCUGAAGACCAUCGUCGGCGCUCUGAUCCAGUCCGUGAGGAAGCUGGCGGACGUGAUGAUCCUGACCGUCUUCUGCCUCAGCGUGUUCGCCCUCAUCGGCCUGCAGCUCUUCAUGGGGCUGCUGCGGCAAAAGUGCAUCCGCAGCCUCACGCACUGCGUCAACUCCUCCUACAGCCCCAACGCAUCCUUCAUCUGCAACAACAGAACCUGGAGCUCCAGGAUGGACUUCCUGGGCAGCGAAGAUAAUUUUUACAAAGUUGAGGGAGCAAAGGAUGCCUUAAUAUGUGGAUACGGAAGUGAUGCAGGGAAGUGUCCAGAUGGAUUUGACUGCCUAAAAGUAGGGAGGAAUCCAAACUACGGCUACACCAGUUUUGAUACCUUCGGCUGGGCUUUUCUGGCCCUCUUCCGACUCAUGACACAAGACUACUGGGAAAAACUGUUUCACCAGACGCUGCGCUCAGCGGGGAAGACAUACAUGGUUUUCUUCGUGCUGGUAAUCUUCCUGGGCUCCUUCUACCUGGUCAACCUCAUCCUGGCUGUAGUGGCCAUGGCCUACGAGGAGCAGAAUCAGGCAACCAUCGCUGAGGCCUGGCAGAAGGAGAGGGAGUUUCAGCUGGCUAUGGAGCACCUUCGCAGAGAGCAAAGAUUAGCAAAAAGACUACAACAAACACAGGAUGCAGACUCAGCGUUGUCCCCAGAGUUGUCUCCAUUCUGUCUGAAGACAGGCAGCAUACGUCGAAGCAGCAGCAGGAGAAGAAGAUCGCACAGGGCGCUGUCAGAGGAAACAGAAGAGGAAGCUGCUGAAGAGAACAUUGACCCAUUGGAUGAGCCAAUGCCUCCUCUGUCUCCUCUCCCGGUCCACCCUCUGCUGGCCACGCUCUCCUCUCACCCCCUCAGCACCAGGAGAGGAAGCCAGGUCAGCGUCUUCAGCUCUUUCCGGGCGCGCAACAACUCGGAGGCCGACUUCGGGGACGACGAGUACAGCACUCACGGGGACGCCUUCAGGAGUCGCACCAGUUCAACAGCAACGCCCUGGAAGAGGAGGACGGGCAGCGUGCGGAGCCACUGUUCCCAGAUCUUCACCCCCAGCCUCAACAUCAAUGGGCGGCUCAACAUCUCCCUGGACCAGAACGGAGUCACCACUCUGGGCCUACAUACUCCCACCUCCAUGCCUGCUCACAGCAUGGAGAGGGUCAGGGAAGACACAGUGAGUGAUAAAAGUCUGUUGACUGAGGCUCCUCCAGUGCAACGGAAAAGAGGGCUGAGCUCUGUCAGCUUCUUCAGCGAUGCCAUGGGUGAGCUGGAGGUGUCGAGGCAAAAGUGCCAUCCCUGCUGGUACACAUUCGCCAAGAAGUACCUGAUAUGGGACUCCUGCCCCUGGUGGCUGCAGAUGAAAGAGUGGGUGAAGUACAUGGUGAUGGACCCUUUCCUGGAUCUGGGUAUCACCAUAUGCAUUGUGCUGAACACCCUCUUCAUGGCCAUGGAGCACUACCCCAUGACUGAUGAGUUCAACACAAUGCUUUUCGUGGGCAAUCUGGUUUUCACAGGGAUCUUUACUGCUGAGAUGGUGCUGAAGCUGAUCGCCAUGGACCCCUACUACUACUUUCAACAGGGCUGGAACAUCUUUGACAGCAUCAUUGUUUGCCUCAGCCUGAUGGAGUUGGGUCUUUCCAAUGUAGGGGGGAUGUCUGUCCUGCGAUCUUUCAGACUGUUACGAGUCUUCAAGCUGGCAAAAUCCUGGCCCACCCUCAACACUCUCAUCAAGAUCAUCGGCAACUCUGUGGGCGCCCUGGGGAACCUCACGCUGGUGUUGGCCAUCAUCGUCUUCAUCUUCGCCGUGGUGGGCAUGCAGCUGUUUGGCAAAAACUACCAGGACUGCGUGUGCAAGAUCGCCAUCGACUGUCAGCUGCCGCGCUGGCACAUGAAGGACUUCUUCCACUCCUUCCUGAUCGUGUUCCGGGUGCUGUGUGGCGAAUGGAUCGAGACAAUGUGGGAUUGUAUGGAAGUGGCCGGGCAGCCCCUCUGUAUCCUGGUGUUCAUGUUAGUCAUGGUCAUAGGGAACUUGGUGGUGUUGAAUCUUUUUCUGGCCCUGCUGCUCAGCUCCUUCAGCUCCGACAACCUCUCUGCUCCGGACGAAGACGGCGAUCUAAACAACAUCCAGAUCGCCAUCGCCCGCAUCCACUCUGGUUUCUGCUGGCUCUCCACGUGCAUCGGCGACCUCUUCAACCGCGGCUUGAAGCGUCGGAGGCAGAAGGCCAAAGAAGUCAGUCAGGCCAUCAAGCUGGUUGGAAAUCACGUGGAAAGCAAUGGUGGGAUUUUUGGACGCUACGGAGAGAAGUACCUCAUACCAGAGGGGGACAGCUACAUGACAAACCCCAACUUGACUGUCAUUGUUCCCAUCGCGCCCGGAGAGUCCGAUGUGGAGUUCCUCGAGGAGGAGGAGAUUUCGGAGUCGUCAGAGGAUGAAGACAACAAACCGGAGUUGGUCAGCCUAUCAGAGGGCAGCACGGUGGAUCUGAGGAAGCCCGGAGAAGAGAUGGACAACUUAUCAGAGCUGGCUGAAGAGAGUAUGGAGCCGGAGGAGUGCUUCCCAGAAUUGUGCAUGAGGCACUGUCAUUGCUGUGAGAUCGAUACCAGCCGUGGUCUGGGCCAGGCCUGGUGGAGGCUGAGGAAGACCUGCUACCAGAUUGUGGAGCACAGCUGGUUUGAGACUUUCAUCAUCUUCAUGAUCCUGCUCAGCAGUGGGGCUCUGGCAUUUGAAGAUAUCUACAUCGAGAAGAGGAAAGUCGUAAAGGUGGUGUUGGAGUACGCCGACAAGAUCUUCUCCUACAUCUUUGUGCUGGAGAUGUUCCUCAAGUGGAUUGCGUACGGCUUCAAGAAAUAUUUCACCAACUACUGGUGCUGGCUCGACUUUCUUAUCGUGGAUGUGUCCUUGAUCAGCCUGGUGGCAAAUUCACUGGGAUAUUCCGACUUUGCUGCGAUCAAGUCCUUGAGGACGCUGCGGGCUUUGAGACCUCUCAGAGCUCUGUCCAGAUUUGAAGGCAUGCGGGUGGUCGUGAACGCUCUCAUAGGAGCCAUCCCCUCCAUUAUGAACGUGCUGCUUGUGUGUCUCAUCUUCUGGCUCAUCUUCAGCAUCAUGGGGGUCAACCUGUUUGCUGGCAAGUUCGGGAAGUGUGUGAACAAGACGGGCUUCAUCCACAGCGUCUCUGUGGUCAACAACAAGUCAGAGUGCCUCUCUAUGAACGACACACAGUUCUACUGGACAAAAGUGAAGGUCAACUUCGACAACGUGGGACUCGGCUACCUUUCCCUUCUGCAAGUGGCUACAUUUAAAGGAUGGAUGGAAAUAAUGCAUGCAGCUGUUGAUUCAAGAGGUGUGGAGGAACAACCCAUCAGAGAAAUCAACAUCUACAUGUACCUGUACUUUGUCGUCUUCAUCAUAUUCGGCUCCUUCUUCACCCUCAAUCUCUUCAUCGGCGUCAUUAUCGACAAUUUCAAUCAGCAGAAAAGAAAGAUGAGUGGGCAGGAUAUCUUCAUGACUGAAGAACAGAAGAAGUACUACAACGCUAUGAAGAAGUUAGGAUCUAAAAAGCCUCAAAAGCCAAUACCAAGGCCUGCGAACGCUCUCCAAGCCUUCUUCUUCGAUCUCGUGUCCAAGCAAGCCUUUGACAUCAUGAUCAUGAUGCUCAUCAUCGUCAACAUGGUGACCAUGAUGGUGGAAACCGACGAGCAGUCCGAGCGCAUGGAAACCAUCCUCAACAAGAUCAACCUGGCGUUCAUCGUGAUCUUCACCACCGAAUGCCUGAUCAAGAUCAUCGCCCUCCGUUGUUAUUUCUUCACAGUUGCAUGGAACAUCUUUGACUUUGUGGUGAUAAUUCUCUCUAUUGUGGGGAUUGUUCUUGCCGACAUCAUUGAGAAGUACUUUGUAUCUCCGACCCUGUUUCGAGUCAUCAGACUGGCAAGGAUAGGACGUGUACUUCGACUUAUACGCGCAGCCAAAGGAAUAAGGACUCUACUGUUUGCCUUAAUGAUGUCCAUGCCAGCACUGUUCAACAUUGGCCUCCUGCUUUUCCUCGUCAUGUUCAUCUAUGCUAUCUUCGGUAUGGCGAACUUUGCCUACGUGAAAAAACAAGAUGGGAUCGACGACAUGUUUAACUUUGAGACCUUUGGGAAUAGCAUGAUCUGCCUUUUUCAGAUCAGCACCUCGGCCGGUUGGGACAACCUCCUGAGUCCUAUAAUGUCCAGCCCCCCAGAGGAGUGCGACGUUCACUUCGUCAACACUGGCACUAACACCCGCGGAAACUGUGGCAACCCCUCAGUGGGCAUAGCUUUCUUUGUCAGUUACAUAAUCAUUUCUUUCCUCAUUGUGGUGAAUAUGUAUAUAGCUAUCAUUCUGGAGAACUUCAGCGUCGCCACAGAGGAGAGUACAGAGCCACUGAGCGAGGAUGACUUUGAAAUGUUUUAUGAGGUUUGGGAGAAGUUUGAUUCUGAAGCCACGCAGUUCAUUGAGUUUUCCAUGCUGUCGAUCUUCGCCGACAAUUUGUCGGAGCCGCUGCGCAUAGCCAAGCCCAACAGGAUCAAGCUGAUCUCCAUGGACCUUCCCAUGGUCAGCGGGGAUAGGAUCCACUGCCUGGACAUCCUGUUUGCCUUCACAAAGCGUGUCCUGGGAGAGUCGGGUGAGAUGGAUGCCCUCAAGCAGCAGAUGGAAGAGAAGUUCAUGAUGACCAACCCCUCCAAGAUCUCCCACGAGCCCAUCACUUCCACACUGCGCCGCAAACUGGAGGACGUGUCCGCGAUCAUCAUCCAGAGGUCUUUCAGGAGGCAUCUGGUGCGCCGGCAGAUGAAGCAGGCGUCCUACCUCUACAGACAAAUAAACUACGAGACUGUAGUGGAUGUGGAGAACGCUCCAGAAACGGAGGGGCUGAUAGCCUCCAUGAUGCAGCACUACGGACUUGUCGAGUUGGAUAUUGUACAGACAACAGAGGACGUUCUACUGUCCUCACCACCAUCUUACGACAGCGUGACCAGGGCAGCCAGCGACCUCUCGGAGGUCUUCAGAUCUAUAUCCAGAGACUCUGAACUCGGGGAGCCUGGUGAAAACUAUGAGGAAACUUUCCUUUGAGGCUCGAUUGUGUGGAGAGUGUUUGUGUGGAUUUUGUCUGUUUUGUUUACAGCAGAGAAUAUAGCUCAAAAUAACUCAUGGUCAAAGAGAGACACCUUUUUUUAUAGAUUAGUACAUGCCGAGGAAAUAUGCAAUAUUUUUAAGGAAAUCAGCCUGUGUUUAUAUUGAAUAACAAAGAAGUCAAUUUUGUUACACAGUCAGGACCUCCAUGAGAGGAAACUUGUCCUCACACCAUCUUAAAAAUUUACAUUUGGACGAUUUUUAACAUCAAGAUAGAAAAAAAAUCUAUUUUUAAUAUUGAACAUGAAAAACACAUGUGUUAUCUACAUUCACUCCGCAUGAUCUGCAGUUUUUUUUUUACAUAUCAGUAAAUACUGAAUAUCAACUCCAACAGAGGAAACUUUGUGAAUAUUAAAUUCUUAUAUAUAAUUUUCAUUAAGUAAAACUUGCAGCAAAACGUUUGAAAAGUCAAAUGGCAUACUUCUUGGUAUUUGUCCAAGUUCAUAAUUUUGCCACUCCUGGAAAUGUUAUUAGCUCCAAAGCUAGCUGGCAGACGUUCACUCAAAUCAUUGUACUACAGUUGACAUUAGUUUAUUAUAUAUAUAUAUAUAUAUAUAUAUUUGUUGCAAAAACUCUUGAGCACUUGUACAGUGAAAUUGGUAUCUGGAGCAAAAUAUCACCUCCAGGUCGAGGAUGGGAGAGACAAUAAAGAGACAAAUAAAAUUUGGUUC